AUGUCUGAUACCCCCAUUCUGUCAAUCGAAGUAGUUAAGAAAUGGAAACGAGCUAAUGUUGUUGAUUUUUUGAAAGAGAAAAAAGAAGAGUUAGAACUUGAAAAUGAGGAUAUCCAGAUAAUUGAUAACAAUAGGGUUAACGGUUGUGCCUUCCUUGAGUUAAAUGUAGAUAAGCUUAUGCAGGAUGGAUUAAAAAGAGGACCAGCUGAAAACAUCACGCAACUGAUUAAGGAUAUUAAGGGGGGGAAGAGCAGGACGGAAUACACAAUCGAAACAUGUCUCGUCACUUCCACAAGGAAAUAUAGACCCGAUCUUUCGUAUUUGGUGUUUGAUGCCUGUCUUGCGAGAGGGGAGGAAAAGGGACCUGAAACUAAUGAUGAUCCAGCAAUGGAACUAAUCUUGAAAUUAACAUGGACGUAUGGAAAUUGUCCCUACAUCUUUGGGUACUAUGCAAUUGCCACUAGGGUGACGUACUGCUAUUUGUAUCUCGAGGGAAACAGCAUUGAACGGAAGGACUUGUUGACUUGUUUACUGGAUAAAGUGGAGGGACGCAUACAAGCCUUCAAUAUCGGAAGAAACAUUGGUCGAUUAUUACACUUACUUCGCCAAACUGUGCCAGAGUAUUUUCAGCGGGAAUUUGUUGUUCUUCAUCGAACGAGCGGUAAAGUGAUUGAAUUUAUGCAAAAUACAGUUGUGAAACGUUAUCCUUCAGUGGAUUCUGUCAUGAACCUUAAGACCCUUUAUGAUGAAAUGGCCAAGCAUCAAGUUCCUUUCAUUGAUUCCCUCAAUCACGUCAAUAUGGAGGAAGGAUCAACUCCAUUCAUGAUUUUUUUACCAAAGGGCAUGAUGUGUAAACCACGAUCAAAGGAACAACUAAUCAAAGCAUUGUGUUGUGUUUUGACUGCCCUUAAGGCUCUCCACAAAAUGAAAAUCAUGCAUCGCGAUCUCCGUUGGGAUAACAUGUUAAAGUCCAUAGAUCGAGACAGUUGGUUCAUUAUUGAUUUCGAUGACGCGUGCCAUGUUCCUUCAAAUAUUCCUAACACACAAUUAGCUAAAGAAAGUCAUGCACCUGAGAUUUUUGAAUUCCAUCACAAUGAGAGUGUUGAUAUUUGGUCUGUCGGAUAUUUGAUUCGGACGGCCUCUGUUGAGCUUCAAGAAUUGGAUGAAUUGAAAGUUUAUGCAAGAAUGAACUUGAUGGCAAAGGAUAAAAUUAAUAGACCAACAGCCAAAGAUGCUUUGCGGUGGCUUUGGAGCAAAUAUAGAGAUGUUCUCAAAGAUUUUUUGGAAGAGGAGGAAAUGGAAGAAUCAUAA